AUGACUACCGAGAUGAAGAUAAGCUACUUUGCUGGAGAGAAUGACCUCAGCAUCUUUGUGAAAGGCAUCUCUCUGCUUACAACGGGCAUUGUGACCAUCGUCGGUCGCAGGAUCUAUCUGCAAGCACAAAAGAUACUCUUUGAGAGUGCUCCGUCUGAGGCAAGGCAGUUUCGGAUGUCAGGAGAAUCUCAGAGUGAAAUCGAGGUGGACACAUCUCUCUUCCUUGGGGUCGAUGAGUUUCUAAGCAUGUUGGAGAGACUGGAGAAGGAGAACAAAGUCUCCAUAGUGGUAACGCCUUCAAAAACUGGAACAAAGCACUGUGCGCUGUUGACGAUCUCGGGAAGCACACACGCCUUCCGUUCGAAGGUCAUUGUGGAGCUUGUCAAAGAAGAGGUUCAAAGCGUAAAAGAAGCACAGAUGCAGCAGAGACCGAGCGUUAUAGUGUGGCCAGCCACGUGGAGCUUAACAGCCGUUAGGGAGGCAGAAGGGCAGCUGGUCACUCUGGCACAAGACUCUGAGGAGUGGCGCUUUUGCUUUACCAAGUUCCACGAGCGAACCGGAAGCAACAUUUUCACGAUCACGGAGGUUCAAAGAGUGGAGAACGAGCGGCUCUGGGGACAUUACUCGCUGCACAAGACAACCAUCCAGAACGAGAAGUGGCUUUUCCAUGGAACGCCACAGGGAACUGCACCGGCCAUCUCUGCUCAUGGAUUCAACCGGUCAUAUGCUGGCAAACAUGCAACUUACUUUGGCGAAGGCUCGUACUUCUCGGUGGACUCUUUCUACGCGUCGUACUUCUCGUGCGAAGCUGGAGGAAGGUUGAGGAAUGCGACAGACACGUACUGUAUGUUUUUGAACCAAGUCCUCGUCGGAGACUUUACCGAGGGCGCAUCGAGCAUGAAAGCGCCACCCCAAAAGACUGAAGGCCAGACAGGGGCCGAGUCACGGUACGACUCUGCUGUGGAUAAUAUAGGGGCGCCGAGUAUCUUCGUAGUGUUCAAAGACUUUCAGGCGUAUCCAACAUAUCUGAUCUCCUUUAAGCUCCGGUCUGUAGACGCAGCUUGAAAGUGAAACACGCGGUCAAGACCGGUCAGAUCUGGCUGCCUUGUUGACCUUGCUUGCGGUGCCUAGAGGCAAAUCUGGCCCUGUAGAAGGGUGAUUUUUGGCCAGACAGUAUGUGCGCGCAGCCAGAUUUGACUGGUAAAGAUGUCAGAAGAUUAUGAGUGCAAGGUUGUUCUUCUUGAUAUGGAUUGGAGCACUAAUUAAAGGACCUGUUUGAGGGUAUUCUGAGUUCCGAUGUUCCAGCUUGUCGCCACGGCUCUGCACACCAGACUCGUCUUCCAAGGAUGCCUCGAACGAUGCGAGAGUGCCCAUUAGGCUGGCUCGAGAUGCAUACCAGGUUUGACUCUCAAGCAGAGAC